AUGAUUUUGGCUGAGUUAUCCCAAUCAUCAUCAAUCAGCGAAGGCGAUAUCCACGUCGAGAUCACCGCUCCGGAACAUGAGCAGACAAUGUAUUAUGCUGCGCCCAAGGACCCCUCUCUUAGUAGAACCUGGGACUUUGUUCGUCCUACAGUCCACGACUGCCUCCAGUCAUUUCAAGCAACUAGAGGUCGCAUGACGACUACCAUUACUCUCUUCCGGUACGGAGUGCUUCCAGAUCUCCGAGACAACCCUCUUACAAUUUAUAUCUCGGUAGACUUUGGUCCGGACGAGACGCGUUGGUAUGAGGUCAUUUCUGAUAUCAAGAACAUGCUUCAAGGCGUAGCGGGAUGGAAUCAGGUGCAGGUCCAUAUGGAGAAUAACGAAGGAAUGCAAUCCUCUUUCGACUAA